CGAACUUUUGGAAAACCCCAGAGAUAAUUCUGGUACAUUUAUACAAUAAUAUACUUAUAUAUAUAUAUAUAUAUAUAUAUAUACAUAUGUAGAUAUAUAUAUAUAUAUUGGAUUUCAAAGUUUGUCUUUGUUUAAUUUGGUUAAAGAGAAGUUGCCAAUCGAUAUGACGGAUGAGGAGAAUCGCACGCAAGUGGUACGCCUGUUGGGCGAUAUGAUGAACGCCCACUCGGACGUGGUGCGGCAAUCCACCGAGGAGCUGACUAGCCUCUACACGGAUCCAGACAGCACGGUUCAGGUGUGCAUGGUGCUCGGCAAUGUUGGCAAGCUGCCGGCAAUGCGCAAAUGUGCCGGGCACAUACUCAAGAAUCGGCUGGCCCAGCCGGACGUCUGGAAGAACCUGCUGCCCAACCAGCAGAAGGAGGCCCAGGAUGUGCUACUCUGCGCUUUCAAAAGUAUGACCAUGAACGAUGAUGAAAACCUGCAGCUGACGGUUGUGCGUAAUGUUGGACUCGUAAUGGGCCUGCUGCUGGAUGCUGAGAAUGCUGAGGCUGCGGCCUGGAACGAUCUCAUCAUCGAUCAUGUGGAGGAGCUGUGCGUAUCCAAUGAAAAACUUAGCCAGCUGCUGGGCGCCAUUUGCUUCAAGUUGCUCGUGAAGACAUCGCCGAAUAUGUUCGAGAAAUAUUUGGUUCGUGCCAAGAACAUAUUCGUCCGCACUCUGGAACUGGCCAAAGAGCAGGGCGAGUUGGCCACACCGGCCACGGAACACUUGCUGUCUGGCUGGCACAUGGCCAUACCGCUGUUCCGCAGGCGUUCCAAUGACCACGAAGAGCUGGCCGCCACAUUGCCUCUGAUCAUGCAGAUGACGCAUGCCUUUGCCUAUCAGCCGAAUCCGAAACGCAGCUGUCGAGGAUUCGAUGUGCUCGAAAAGCUGAACAAGCACUUGCCGGAGCUGAUGUGGCCGCAUCUCAAGCUGGUGCUCGAUGAGCUCUUUCUGCUGGCGAGCGACACAAAUCUGAGUGAUGAAAUCCGUGUCCAGGCCAUAAUGGCCUUGAGGAACUGUGUGCGCAGCAAGCGGCGUCACAUUAUUCGCCUGAAAAUGAUGGACAAGCUGCUGAUGACCCUCUAUCGCCUUAUGGCCAUCAAGCCGGCUCUGGAUGCGGAUGGCGAGGAGCUGUACCUGGGCGACACGGAGGAGUCGCAGUCGCCGCUAUCCGAGGCCGCCCAAACGGUGCUCUAUAUUGCCGCCGAAUCGGACACUAAUCGCGUUGCGGUGCGUGUCCUGCGCCUGAUGCAGCCGCAGCUAGAGCAACAGCGGUCGGCGGUGCACCGUGUGGCCGCCCAGGUGUUUCUAGCUCUGAUGGCCAAGGGAUUUACAGACCUGCUGGCCGAUGCCCCAUUACGCAGCUUUAUUUCUGCCGUCGAGACGGGCAUUCAUGAUGUGGAGCCAAUGGUGCGCAGGUCCGCGCAUUUCGCGCUCGCCAUUAUGGCCGAGAAUCUGCAGCCGGAGAUUACCGUAAUGGCGCCCCAAGUGCUGCCCCUGUUUUGUGAAUUCUUUGAUCAGAUGACGCCAGAGCAGCGGUUGGCCGACCGCGAGACGGAGGCACAAUCACGCAUGUUCUGCACACUGGAAAUUUAUUGUGAGAGCCUUAAGCGGGAGGCGCUGCAGCCGCAUCUGGUCGACCUAAUGAAGCGGCUAAUGGAUGCUAUGCAGCCGGAAAACAAUUCCAUUUCGCUGCGCCAACUGGCGUUGAGUGCCGUCGCCUCUUUGGCCAAAAUAUCAAAGGAUUUAUUUAGGCCGCACUUUGAUGAGGUGCUGGCCAUAACGUUGCCGCUGGUUAGGGAGACGCCCCCGGAGGAACGAAUGCUGCUACGAACUCAAGCUAUACAGGUGGUCAACAUGCUGAGCAACGUUGAUUCUGAGAAAUUCGCUGUGCAUGCUCCGAUGCUGAUGGACAGCUAUUUGGAGAUGAUGCAGCACAUGACUAUUGCGCAGGUCUUCACGUUCGAGAUGCUCGCGAUGUUGUCCAACUAUGUGCCGGAACAGAUUAAACUGAAUUUCGGAUUUCUUAUAAUUGGAAUUUUGAGUGCAAUCAAGGACGGCAAGGAUAGCGAUGACGACAAGGACGAAGACGGACUCGAUACCGAGACUGAUGCCGAUGCCGAUGCCGAUGCAAGCGUCUGUGCCGAAGAGGACAGCAUUGGCGACGGACACGGCGAUCAGACGGAAGAGGGCAACACUCGAAGCAUCACCAGCACCGACAGCUUAACCAAUACGGCCGCACCCGAUGAGGCGCUAUUGUGCCUCAAGACAUUGGCCGUCAACAUGCCGGAUACGGUAAUGCCCUAUAUAUCGGAGGCGACACGCUGUGUCUCCCCGUACACGGAUUCGCAGAACGAGCUGGGCAAACGGGCUGCAUUCGAGGUGCUGACAGAAUUUGCCAUUCUUCUCUACCGCAAGGACGACAAGGAUGAGGCCAAGCGCCAGUUGAACGAACUAAUGCCGGAUUUGGUUGACUUUGUGGAAACGGCCAAGGAGACGGCCAAUGUUGUUGGUGCCAUGAACUGCAUCACAAAGUUCCUCAAACUGUUUGGGUCCGAGGCUCUGGAAGGUGAGGGAUUUGCCGAUCUGAUCAUAAAUAUUGUGCGCAAGACCCUGCGCCGCAAGCUCAACUGUCAGUUCGAUAUUGGCCAGGACACGAAAAUGUCCAUACUGCAACAGUGGAGCCAGGCCAUGCAUUCCGAGAUCGAGGUAAUGGAGGCCGCCGGCGAGAUGCUGCCCGUCUUUGGCCAAUCGAUGCGUCGGCGACAAUUUGCCGGCCAUUUUCACAGCAUUAGCAAUCGCUUCCUGAAGAGCCUGCGCCAGUGCAAGCCCACUGGCCAGAUCACGCCGCAUCUGUACUUUCUCUACAAUCUCGUCUAUCGCUGCAUGGAGCCGCUGGGCGUCAUCGCCGAGCAGUACUACGAUGUGCUCUGCUAUAGCGUCGUCGACUGCAUGAUGGACGACAAGCCGCAUGUGCUUCAGUUUGCCAUCAACUUGAUCAACUGGAUGCUCACGCAUGCCCAUGACAAAGAGAACCUGGAUACCAUCAUCAUGGCCACCUCACAGGUGUUUAUCGAUGCCCUCAAUGCCAACUCGCCACUGGCCAACGAGAAGCGGGAGCAGGUUGCCGCAAUUCUGGCGCGCAUGAUCAUGAACUGCGCGUCCCUGUCCACCGAAGAGAUUCUGACUUUAAUCUACGGCAAUCUUCCGUUUUGCCACAACUUCGAUGCCUAUGUCCAAGUGGUGCCUGCUCUGCGCCAACUCUACCAGCAGAAACCAGCUGUGCUGGAACCACAUCUCAGCCAGACUCUGCAAGUGCUGCUCGAAUCGCUCGGGAAGCAUCAGCUGCCCAAUGAGGUCACGCGUCAGACUGCCAUCGAGCUGCUGGGUCUCAUCAAGGUCGACCAGAAGUCACUUUACGAUGAUGUCAGCCAACAGUUUCCUGGGGCUAGUGCUUUGAUCGUUUAAAAAAAAAGUAUUGUGUAUUUUCUAACACUGGAAAAUACUAAAGAGUAUAAAAAAUACGAAAAUGCAGUAUAUCUGUAGGUAUUCCAUUGAGAGCUGUGAAAAGAACCUGAAAAAAAAGGAAUUGUAAUUCAGGACGGGGUAACGGAAAUUAAAUAGGUUAGGCCAAUUAAUUACAACACGGGAUCUCAAUCAGUACGAACGUAGAAACACUCUACAAAAUUCUGGUGCACUUACUAUCGGUAAAUAAAAUCAAAAUUUCAGUA